CUUUCCUCUCCAGCUCUUUUUCAAUCGUGGCCUGACAUUUUCCCAUUUGGCAGACACCAGACUAUGUGCUAAGUGAAACAUUUACUUCGCCAGAGUAUAAAGGCAUUGCAGUUGUUUCCUGAUGUCGUGGGGUUUCCCCGAAGGCUUCUGGCAUCUUUCCCGGCUAACCUUUGAUCACCAGGGGAGAAAGAACCUGCUCUCUAUAAGUUUCCAUAACUUGGAACUGGGAAUGGAGACGGCAAGGGAUAAGAGAGGAAAAGAGGCUGUGCUUGACUGAAAUUUGGGCGUGGGAGACAGGAAUGAGUCCAGCUAUGCAGCGAAGGCUGUUUGUGUUUGCGCCACCCAGCCUUGCCUUAGGGCCGGCCCUGUCCUGGUUCAUAAGAACAUCAGAAGAGCCUGCUGAGUCAGGCCAGUGGCCCAUCUAGGCCAGCAUCCUGCUCUCACAGUGGCCGACCAGAUGCCUGUGGGAAACCUGCAAGUGGUACCCGAGCACCAGAGCAUCUCUCCUCACCUGCGGUUUCCAGCAACAGACAUCGAGUAUCUCGAAUCUGUCCUUCCCGCCACCACAGAGACAGCUUUCUUCGAUUACCUGCGCACGGUGGAUGCGUCCGAAGUUUCCAUCUCCUCCGCUCCAGAGGGAUCCGUUGUUUUCUCCAGGGUGCCGGUGCUGCAGGUGAAGGGUCCUUUGCUAGUGAUACAGCUUCUAGAGACCACCCUGCUGUGUUUGGUGAACUACGCCAGCCUCGUCGCUACGAACGCUGCCCGAUUCCGGCUCAUAGCAGGCCCAGACAAGAAACUCAUGGAGAUGGGGCUGCGUCGUGCGCAGGGACCGGACGGGGGCCUCUCUGCAUCCAAGUAUUCGUAUGUGGGGGGGUUCGAUUUUACCAGCAACGUCCUGGCCGGGAAGCUCUAUGGGAUUCCGGUGCGGGGAACUGUCGCUCAUUCUUACAUCUUGUCCUUCACCUCGCUGGCUGAGGUGAACCCGCGGACCCUGAUCCCACGACAUGGAAAGGAGCCUGUGGAUUUUCUGUCCUUAGUGGAGACAUGGCUGAGCCGGGUUUGCCAACUGCUCCAAGCCCCGCUGGAGACAGUGAACCGCGGGGAGCUGGCCGCCUUUGUCUCCUAUGCCAUCACCUUCCCACAAAACUUCCAGGGUCUUUUGGACACCUUCUGCGUGAUGAAGAGCGGCAUCCCGAACUUCUGUGCCGUCGCCUUGGCGCUGAACGAGCUGGGGUAUCGAGUCAUUGGCGUCCGCCUGGACAGCGGGGACCUGGCCAAGCAGUCGGUGGAGAUACGGCGAGUGUUUCGGACCUGCAGCAAGCACUUUCAAGUCCCCUGGUUUGAAGCAGUCCCCAUCGCCGUGAGCAACGACGUCAGCGAAGAGAAUCUCCGGGAGCUCUCUCAGGAGGGGAAUGAAAUAGAUAUGAUUGGCGUGGGCACCCACCUGGUGACGUGCCCGCUUCAGCCGUCGCUGGGCUGCGUCUACAAGCUGGUGGAGGUGAACGGCUCCCCAAGACUGAAGGUGACGGAAGACAAAGAGAAGACAACCUUACCUGGAAGCAAACAAGUCUACAGGCUCUGGGAUGCUGCAGGCUUCCCAUGCAUGGAUCUCAUGACUUUGGAAAAGGAACCCCCUCCAAGGGCCGGGCAGGAGGUGGACUUCUGGCUGGUGGGAACGACCCAGGAAGCUGGAAAAGUGACUCCUUCAGCAGUCGAAAUGCUGAACCGCGUCUACCUCAAAGAUGGGCAGGUCUGCCAGCCACUCCCCAGCCUUGUGGAGAUCAAGAGCUAUGCCCAGGCCUCGCUGAACAAGCUCAACCCUGCGCACAAGAGACUGAAGGAGGCAGAGACCUACAAGGUGGCAGUGACAGAAAAGCUCCAUCGGCUUCUCCUCGAUCUCCAGAGAGGCAGCCAGUAACCCGCAAAGCCUUUUCCCGUGCCCAGGAGUGUGUGGGGGGCAGCACCCCCUCUGCGUCGUGCCUUGGAUCCUGCUCCCAGCCGCCGCCUCAUCAACUACAGAUGCAGCGCCUUUCCUGUGCCUUGUCUUAAGGACUGAAAGUGCCCCUUUGCACUCAACAGAUCUGCCUAGGAAUGUAUUGCACACUGCCCAUGUGGGAAUUGGGGGGGCUGGGAGCAAACCUCAUGAAUGGAGAGCUUGAGGAGCACCUGCGGGACAGGUUUAUGCAGGUAGAAUUCAGUUCAGGGCGAUGGCAGGCUGGUUGCUGUUUCCCAGUGGGAUUCAAAUCACGUGCUGGCAGAUUCGGGUUGCACAAGUUGGUUGGGAGGCCUUACACAGCAAACCUUCCCCCCCCCCCAAAAAAGAAGACUGGACUUUUUGCAAUAGUAGGGCAACGCUUGCUUUGACUCCAGGUCAUCUGAACUCCCCACGAACAAAUGAGGGAUGCUCAUUCAAUAGCCAACGUUGCCUCAUCUACCUGCAACCAAAUCAGGAUGAAUUCUCCAUAAGCAGGUUGCCUGGAAGCACUCAAAACACUACAGCGUGUGCAGGUAAACUGAUAAUUGCCUUGAAACUGGAGCAGGCAAACAAGAGGCAAAAUAGUGGUCCAGGAAAAUAGGGGCAUGGGCUUUCCAGUGAGGAUUUCCCCACUGGGUUGGCUAGCCCUCGCCCCCCCCCUCAAUAUUCAGCAUUCUGACAAGAACAGGUGGGAACUGCAACAAAAUGUUGCAGUUCCCCCCCCCAGGUGCAGCAUCCUCCCAGGUACUCAAACUGCAAGGGUCUCAGUUCGCUCCACACACACACACACCCCCAGCUGUCAGGGCUGGAGUCAAGACGCAGGUCAGCACGAAAGGAAGCAAAUCUCUUAACACCAGUGAAGUUAACUUUAUUCAAUGAAAGGAGAUGCAACUCAGCCUAGUGGUCUCAGCAAACCUCAGCCCUGGUGGCCCUGCACCUCUGGAGCAUUUGCCAGGACUGAAAGUCCCUGCCUUCCCCCCUCUCCAAGCCUCCCCCCUCUCCCAGAUGUUUCCCAAGCAGCCUCAAACUUCUUUUCCGCACCUCUGGCCUCUGUUCUGCCCUCUGCAUUGUUUUGUGCCUUAUUGGAGACCGGGGGGGAGGGGGAGAAUCCCUGGAUUUUUCUGACAUCUCUUGACCCCCCCUCCUCUGCUUCAGCCUUGGAGUCUGAACUGCUCCCUGUCGCAGCCUCUUCCUGCUCACUAAACCCAGUCGCCUCCUCAGCAUUCAGCAUCUCUGACCUCUCCUGUGUCUCGCCACCAAUGCCUUGGGCUGAGCCUUCUUCCUCCGGGGUUUCUCUUUUUUUGGGGGGGGGGUUUCCCUGGCAGGUGCCUCCCACCACUCCUCUGCUUCCAGCCACUCCCUGACACCCAUUUUCCUUUUCCAAUGGACUCUUGACAUUCCGAGGCAUCUGCCGAACAUGCUCUGUCCUUAUCGGGCUGGGUUUAUGUGCUUGUGUCCCCCUGCUCACCAAUGUACUACUGCAAAUCUUGCAUUAAGAUAAGCACCCCUCUGGUUCCUCACGGGUCGUUUUGACUCCAUUGCUGCUGCUGCUGCUGCUACCAACUUCCUGAGUUUGGUGACAGAGGUAGGCUGCGAUUCUAAACAGGAGCAUCCAAACUGGACUAACCUAUUGUGGCCUAAACAGAUUAACAGUGCCUUGAAUGUUAGCAAUCCUGGCUUAUAUACCUGUAUGAGAACAUACUAGGACUGCAUGUACGCUCUUAAUUUUUGCGUGUGGCUUAACGAUCAAAUUGCACCAUAGUCUUUAGGGAAAAUGACUCCGUUUUCAAAUAAAUGCAUAUAAAUCUCUGUACGCAAGAGAAAUGAAUUAUGCAGUCCUUAUUCUAGAUGUGUGUGUCUUUCUGUCUGUUGCAAUAUGGAUUUGGAAUAUAUGGUUUUUGCUAUGGAUUAGGUUCUGCCCUGGCAAGAUGGAGAAAUAACUGAUUUGCACCCACAGCUGUUGGGGAAAGCAUGAGUUUAGUCAAGUUAGGGGUGGCGAAGCUUUGACCCUCCAAAUGUUGCUCAACUACAACUCCCAUCAUCCCCAGCAAAAAGCAAUGCAAGCGACCAGAGAUGGCAGUUCAGAAAUAUCUAGGGGCCCAAAGGUUCCCCACAACCUGAUUUAAGCAUCUUUGCUGGGUCUUUACCAUGGCACUGAAAUGCAAGUUUCAAAUGCCGGAAAAAAACUGGAAAAGCUGCCAUCUUUUGUGCACUUGCUUUUGGAAGCAGUGUUGGGGUAGACAUCAGGCAUGUCCAAAGUCCAUUUCAGGGGCCUAAUCCAGCCCCUGUGGCAGUUUAUUUCCUGGUGUAAAAUCCUUUUUAAAAAAACUCAACUUCAAUCCUAAAAAAAAGGGUCAACAACUUUGGUCGGCCCUCAUGGCUUCACUUGAUCAAAUCUGGCCCUCUUUGAAAAAAGUUUGGACACCACCAGCCAGUGAGUGGUUUGAUCUGCAAAGUUUCAAAACUUUGUUCUGCCUUUCACCCACCAUUUGCAAUAAAGGCAUUGCCUUUUCCAAAAACUAGCAGGGUUACUUCAACAUCAAAAGACAUGCGGCCGCAUUCCAAAGAACAAGCCGUUCUGCGCAAUUGGUACUUUGAACGAACGAGUUUGGCGGAAUGACGCUUGCAUUUACUGCUUUUCUAACUCUCCUUUCCCCAAAGGAAUAUUGGCAUGUAUACAUCUCCUCCUCCCCAUUUUGUCCUCACCACAGAUGUGAAGUCGGCUAGGCCCAGAAUUAGUGGCUGUCUCAAGGUCACCUAAGUGGGCUUCAUUGGAUGUGGACCUGGGUCUCUUAGGUCUUCCAAACUUCACCUGAAAGCAGUUCACACAAUUGCUGGGUGAACUGAAUGUGAAUUUAGUACUGUAAGUUCCGUUUUGGGAGUGAAAUCAGGUGAGAGCACCUUGAUGGGCAGGUUCAAUGCGCACAGUUGAUACCU